UCGAAAGUAUCCGGGGAGAGUAGAGUUAUAAAAGUUUGAUAUCCUCGCUGCAGUGUACAUUUGAAGCAUUGCGGCCGUUGAGGGAAGUUUGUGCCAUGAGAGUUUCAACAUUUGUAAUUUUAGUUUCCGCGGCCGUUACCGUUUUCGCUGAUACGAACAACGAUGCAUGGCAAGCAAAGCAGAUCAUCCCAAGUGCGGCCAAGCUGGUCGAUAUUAAUUAUGCGAAACGACAUACGGGGUUGGAAAAGAUAAUCGGUGGCGAAAAGGUUGAUGUUUCCAAGUUUCCGUAUCAACUUUCGUUGAGAAGCUACGAUAACCACAUCUGCGGUGCCUCAAUCAUAUCCACCUACUGGGCGCUCACCGCAGCACAUUGUGUCUUCCCUCAACGUGACCUUCGAACCAUUUCCCUGCUUGCCGGAGCAAGUGACCGACUGCAUGGUGGCCGGCUUCAAAACGUGUCUCGGAUUGUGAUUCACCCGGAGUACAAUCCGGCAACGUUCGAUAAUGAUGUGGCAGUUCUGAGAGUGAAAAUUCCUCUAAUUGGACUAAACAUUCGAUCGAUUCUCAUUGUCCCAGAAGGCUAUGAACCAUACCACGGAGUCAGAAGUUUGGUCACUGGAUGGGGCCGAACGGUAAUCAAGUUGACUGAUAACGGCCUGCCUACGACACUACACGCUGUCGAUAUACCGAUAGUGUCCAGAAGCACAUGUGCCACUUAUUGGGGCACAGAUCUGAUAACGGAAAGGAUGAUUUGUGCCGGUCAGGAGGGACGUGAUUCGUGUAAUGGAGACAGUGGUGGCCCAUUAGUCUCUAACGGCCAACAGAUUGGUAUUGUUUCAUGGGGAUCAACGGAGUGCGGAGGCCCAUUGCCCGCAGUGUAUACUCACAUUGGACAUCCCUCAGUGCGGCGAUUCAUCAAAUCAACAACCGGAGUGUGAUUUUAAAUCUUUUUGGGCCAUGUGUUUAACUGUAUAAAAAAUGUCAGCUCUAUAUCAAUAUACAAAUUUGAAAAUUGAAA